AUGCUCCAAGCAAUCUGGCCAAGCAUUUCACAUGUCACCACACUUCUCUACAACGCUUGCCUCACCCUAGGAUAUCACCCAACUCCCUUCAAAACAGCAGAGGUAGCGAUGAUCCCAAAACUCAAUAAGAGAGAUCUCAGUGACAUCUCUGCGUGGCGCCCCAUAUCCCUCCUUUCCUGCCUGUCCAAAGGCCUGGAACGAGUAAUUGGCCGCCGCCUUGCAUUCCUAGCCAUCAGAUACAAGGUCCUCCACCCUAACCAGGCUGGAGCACUCCCCAAAAGAAGCGCUACAGACAUCGUCACCGCACUCCUCUACGAUGUUGAACGUGCCUUAGGUAACGGCAAGAUGGCCACACUUGUCACAAUGGAUGUCAAAGGGGCCUUCGAUGCUAUCCUCCCCAAUAGGCUGAUCCUACGACUCCGACAACAAGGAUGGCCGGUUUUCCUGAUUUGGUGGAUCUACCACUUCGUCUCCCACCGCAAAGCUCUAGUCAGAUUCCAGGAUGCUAAAACAGGGCCCGCAGAACUGCCCUGCGGCCUCCCUCAGGGCUCGCCUAUAUCGCCGAUUCUCUAUCUCCUAGCCACCACCCCUAUUUACUCUCUUCCAGGAGCAACGGAAAGAUACGGCUACGCGGACGAUACAGCGAUGCUCUUUGUAGGGGACACUCUGGAGGAGACCACUACAAAAGCAAACACGGCGAUCGCCGCAAUGGAAACAUGGGGGCAGCAAGAGGCUUUCUCCUUCGACCCAGACAAGACAGAGGUCAUGCACUUCUCUAGGAAAAGGAACAGUAGCUCGCCACCGGUCUCCCACCAAGGCAAGGAGAUUAAGGCACAGAAGGCAAUGCGUUGGCUAGGAGUCUGGCUCGACCGCAGGCUCACUUUCAACACGCACAUCGAGAAAUGGUCACUCAAGGCCGAAAAGGUUAUUUCACAGUUGCGGUUCGUUAACAACACAGUCCGCGGAACAUCAGCAGUAGCAGCUAGGAGAGCGAUUUAUGCCGUAGCCUUACCCACACUCUUCUACGGGCUAGACACAUGGUUUCCCGGCUUCCUCUCCGAGUCAACACACAAGGGUGCAAGGACGAUUACCAAAACCCAUCUCUCAAAGCUUCAAGUAAUCCUAAACAAGGCCUGCCACGCAGUCCUACCCGUUUGGAAGACCACCCCACAAGUCAUUCUCUGGAAGGAGGCGGGUAUACCGCCAGCAGACAUCAUACUCAAGCAACAACAAGCGCGCACUGCGCUCCGUUAUGCCACACUAGAUGCUACGCACCCGGUAUCCAGAAGGCUAAGACAAGCGCAGCAUGAACUUGACCAGAGCAACCACCCAACAACACGCAGCCAAACCCUGCAGAGGCAUAGCCGACUCCUCCGAACAGCGGCAUGGGCGAAGGAGGUCGAACGACCAAGGUUUAUAGCACGCCGCUUCAAUGAUAACAUCCCGACCGAAGCCGCAGGAAAAAGACCACCCAAAGAAACCACCGCUGUAGAAUUCCAGCACUGGCUUGAGGAUAAACCCGCAGGCUAUGUCGUCUUCAGCGACGGCUCCAAGACAGAAAGAGAUACCGCAGGGUAUGGAUUCGCAGUAUUCCACAACGGACGCCUCGCUGAUUGGGGUUUUGGCCAACUUGGCCGCAGAGAAGUCUUUGACGCAGAAAUCCACGGCGCUCUAGAAGGCCUCCAAUGCGCUGUACUCGCCAACUUCACCAACGAACCAAUCACAGUCUGUAUGGACAACACCUCUGUCAUCGACUGCAUCAGAGCAACAGCACCAAACUCCUCACAGGCCCAGUUCAGAGUCUUUCAGAAGUUGGGAGACAAAUAUCCGUACCAGGUAUCUGUUAAAUGGUGCCCAGGGCAUAGCAGCAUCUUCGGAAAUGAGCUGGCAGACCUUCUAGCCAAACAAGGAGCCAAUCUCCCAGUCCCAGAGCACCUUCCCUCAGUCUCCUACCGCAGGAGACAGGUCAAGGGUCAGAUAGCCGUAGACUACCAGCAAUGGUGGCAAGGAGUCGAGCUACGGAAGCUCCCUGAACUCGCUCUCCCACGCCGUCUUUUGGGAUAUCUACUCGCUGCCCGAUCACACUACGGUGACUUUGCGGACUACCACGAAAGAUUUCACCCAGGCCAGGCGACCCUGGAUUGCCCCUGCGGGCGCCAAAAGUCGCCUACCCAUCUCUUCUACUGUAGGAAAAUCCCUCGCCAUCUCCGGGUUCGGCUGACACCCGACCCUGAAGCGGCGAUAGGACGGUUCCUCGGUAGAUCCUACAAGGUUUACCUGCGCAUUGCGGACUUCUAUUACACGAAGAUCAACAAGCGCCACUAA